AUGCGAUUGCCCAAGCGGCUUGCGUAUGUCGAUUACCUACUUGUGCUCGCCUUUGCACUGGUGCUUGCCGCUUCUUCGGUGCUCGCGGCAAACGAGCUCGGCAUCUGCUUCUUCGCCCAAACCUCCGACCUCGCCCCACCCUCCGGCCUCACCCGCAGCUGCGGGCACGACUCGUGGACGUACCAUUCGCUGAGCGUGCCUGGCACAGCCAUGGCCACCGCCCCGUUCAUUUCCGCAAUGGAGGACAGGUACACCAUCGACGACCUCAACCUCGUCGUCGCCUCCGAUCGUAGUGGCUUGCUCAAGAUUGGCGCAAACCUCCACUAUUGCCACGACGUUGAUGGAGACGGCAAAAACAACGAGCACAACUAUGCGUGCUACCCAGGAGGAUGGUCGUACCAGGACGUGGAUAUGGCUGCCACAUGCCAUGCUAUCCGUGGUGACUGCACGCUUCAGAGCCUCCGCGUGCACUACGGUACAUGGAUGCGCGACAAGCACUUUGCUACCGCCAACCACUUUACCAAGUUUGACUUUUGCUGCCGCUCCGCAGCAACUGUCCAGGACAUCACCUCUACCUCUACCAACUCGCUCUACGUCCCUUCCAAGGACACCAAUGGCGAUGGUUUUCUCUUCCAUACCACCAAGGAACUUGCCUGGCGCGAUGGUGUGGGUCCCUCGCAUCCCAACGACUGGCCGCGCAUGGCCGCCUCGCCGCCCCGGAUGGCGCUGCAGCGGUCGACAGGCACAGACUUUGGCUCGCUCUUCAACCAGAACUCGUUCUGCUUCCUCCCCUACGUUCAAACUGAGAUCGACAGUGUGGUCAUGGGCUUCUGUCCUCGCAACUACAAAAAGGUCGAGUUUGUCAUGAAGAACGUCCUCGGCGAGCUCAUCAUCUACCAUCCGCGCCCUACGGGUGCCCAGCAAGGCCCCACCGCCCGCUUCUCCAAGGAUGACUUUAUGUUUACCAUGUGCUGCGCGGAGGAUGGUCUCGAUUGCGGCCCGAGCUCAAACUGUAGCAACAACGGCGUCUGCUCGCUCGAGACCGCAUCCUGCGAGUGUGACUUGGACGAGCACAAGUACCCUCACUGCGGUGGCUGGUGCGGCGAUGGCAUCGUCCAGAGCAACUACGAGCAGUGCGAUGACAGCAACAAUCCACUCUGCGACAUGCGCACUUGCCGCGGCUACUCGCAGCCGUCCGACAUCGCCUUUUCCAGCAUUGCCCACAACACCUUUACCGCAACCUUUUUGCGCUCGCCCUUUGAAUCCCGCUUCACCUCCGCCGCCCGCGUCGACGCCGUCUACUUUGACGUCAAGCACGCCGGCACCUCGCUGCCGGGCUUCCCCAAGGAUGUCCGCUCCCCGUCGCUCUCCAUCACCGUGUCCGAUCUCGACGGCAUGCGUGACUAUGACGUCUACGCCCUCCCCUACACCUCUGGCAAGAAGUGGGUCGUGCCAGAGACCAACGAGUGGCAGCGCGCCGUCCCGGCCACCGUCUCCACCAACUGCGAGUGCCCGGGCAAGCCAUCGACCACACCGCAGAACUUUGCCGUCAUCCAAAAGGGCACCCAGGUCUUCUUCUCCUGGAACGACGCCACCGCCUGCGAGGAUCGCUUCACCGUUCAUCGCCGCCUCAUCUCCGACCCGCAGCCCUCCAUCAUCGCCUCCUACUCGCUCCCGGCCAAGGACGCUUGCUCCACCGAGCCGCUCGCUCCGACCUCGGACGCCGACAACGUAGCCAACCUCAUUCUUGGAUCAACCUAUGAGUACUCGAUCGAAGCCAAGGACUCGUUCUCGGGCUUCUCCUCUGCUCGUGCUACCGCCUCGCUCAACGUCGACUGGGUUGCCACCGUCUUUGUCGACGUCGUCUCCACCUCGGGCACCGGCAUCGUUGGCACCUCGGUCGUCAUCACCUACCCCGGCUCCCCGCUUCCGCUUGCUACCGCAGUCACCGAUCGCGCUGGCUCGGCACGCCUCGACAUCCAGAUCCCCAACGAGCCCAACGCUGCCAUCGAGCUCAUGGUACGUGUCGCAAAGACCACCGCCGGAAACGUCCACACCUACAAGUGCGACGAUGGCAGCCCAUGCAACAGCACGCUUGUCUCGGCCACCCACCUUGGCUCGACUCAGGCCCGCUUCAUGGACAUCUCCGUCGUCUCGGUUGCCGGAUCGCUCUCGGUCGCUGCCACCGCAGAGUACACCGAGGACGCCCGCCCGUGCCCGGUCGCCGAUUCGCGCGCCUACAUCUGCUCUUACCACGCCGCCACCCUUGAGCGCCUCGAGUGCACCCAUCCUAACGCCGCGGGCGCCUACGCCCUCACCUUCCCGGUUGGCAUCGCCGUCCACGUCGUCGCGGCCUGGGCGUUACCUGGCAUCGAUCCCAACGAGCAUGCCGACUUUGUCUACGCGCCCGCCAUCGGGUCUGCAUCCCACACCAUGACCCCGCUCCCGCUCGCUUCGGCGUACUCUGGCCACGGCUCCAUCAAGUCGAUCACGGUGCCAGGCGCGUCGACAACAAGCGUCUCCAUCCCUCAGACACCCGUCACUCUCCCCUCCUUCCUCCUCGCAGCCUCGGUCGAGCACUACGAGGGCGUCAACUUUGAGGACCAGACCACCGUCGAGCUCACCAUCGAGGUCGCCGGCGGCAAGUGCAACUUCCCGAUCGGGCCAGGCGUCGUCCGCCUCGUUGCUGCUACGUGUCCCAAGUACAUCCGCCGCGUCGUCGCCGGCUCGUCGACCUCGCACAUGACCACCUACGCCAUGCCGGCCAUGCUCUUUGAUGCCACCUUUGAGGACAUCGACGCCAUGCAGCCGCACCUCUGGGUCCCAGGCAUCUCGGUCGGCCAGGUCGGCACCUACUUCCGCACCGUUCUCCAGGAUCGCGUCACCGCCGAUCUCCGCUCCGGCUCCAGCUCGGCCCGCUACGAGUUCCACGUCCCGCCCACCGUUGCGCUCAAGGGCGUCUCGUUCGCCUCAUCGUCGUGCGGGUAUGCCGUCCUCCCCAUGGGCUCCAAGCACUGGAUCGCCCUCGUCUUUGAGGAGCGGUUCACUUCGCAUCUCGUUUGCAAGGACUUUCCCAUCACCUCGCCCAAUCUCGUAGCGGCUACUCGCGACGACCAGCCGCAGCUCCCGGCUCAGAUUAGGGUCUACGACACCGUCUCCACCCAGAUCUUCGCCGAUGGCUCCAUCAAUCCCUGCGCCGUCGACGCAGGCUGCCUCGUCCCUCUCCGUCAUGGCAGGCCCACAAACGUCGUCCUCGGCGGGACCGACAACGCCACCUUUAUCGAGCUCCCGCUGCUGCCGGCCAAGCCAAACGUCAACCAUCCGAGCCUGCUGUACCAGUACCGGGUCGAUUUUGACCAGCCGGGCUAUCCGCUGCUGCAAGAGUCGUGGCCCAUGGCGGUGACCGGCGAACUUGCGCGUGGCGAUGGCUUCCUCAUGCGCAUGCCCACCGAGGUCGUCUCCUCCAAGCUCUACGAUCCGCCGGGCGGCCUCUCAGUCGCCUCCAUCGAGACCGGCAAGUCGGUCGAGACUUCGGUGGAGAUCUCCAGCGGCAACGACUUUUCCAUCGAUCGCGCGUGGAACACGGGCCUCGGCGGCACUGUCGCUACCGAGACCUGCACCGGGCCGCCAGGCGCCCAGCAGUGUACCGAGACCGCGGCCACAGAGUCCGAGCUUGACAUCAAUGUCGAGGUGGCGGUCAACAGAGAGUCCAACGAGAUCGGAACCGAGGCGACCAUGCGCAUGUCGUCGGACAAAAUGACCACAUCCGACGAUCCGGCCUUUAUCGCCGUCACAGACGCCGCCGGCAACGUUCUCCACUAUCCGGACCUCCUCGUCAUGCCGGCGCUCACCCUCAACUGCGACUCUGAGCACCGUAACAAUGGCCUGACAAAGUCAACCAGCGUCCAGUGGGCUGCCGAGCCGACCUCGGUCCUCCUCUACCACACCAUUUUCGACGCCAUCAACGGCGUCCUGCCCGAGCUGCACAUGCUGCGCAUGCUCGAAAACAAGAACCCAAACGCUGACCCGGUCCAGCUCGAUCGCAUCGACAGUUCCAUUGAUGCAUGGACCAAGAUCAUCGGCAACCACAACUUCGACUACACAACAGCCACACCUAUCGCCCUCGGUGAUGCCUCGGAAGUCGUCUUUUCGGGCGGCGGCUACGCCAUCGAGCGGACAACCGCCAUCGAGGUCACCGAUGCCGAUACCUACGACUACUCGUGGUACAUGGAUGCGUCGAUCGAGAAGGAAACCGGUGCCGAAUACAUUUUCUUUGGCGUCCGCACCGCUCUCGGCAAGACCACCAAGUUUGCCACGCAGAUCCGCUUCGGCAAGUCCGAGACGACCACCACCGCGACUACCAACGAGGUGAGCUAUACACUUGGCGAUGGCGAGCUCGGUGACUACUUCCAGGUCAAGAUCUUCGAGUCGCCCAAGUACGGCACCCCGCUGUUCGAGACCACAGGCGGCGUCUCCAAGUGCCCGCACGAGAUCGGGACGACUGCCCGCGAGGCCGUCGACUUUAACCUCCUCACCUCGGGCACCGUCAUCAACAUCCCGCCGCUCGGCGCAGCCACCUUUGAGGCGGAGAUUGUCUCGGCUUCGCCGACCCAGGAGGCUAUGGUCAUGAACCUCCGUCCCGAUCUGUCCUCCAACCCGAACGGCCUGGUCGUCAAGCUCAACGGUGCGCCAUUCAUCGAGCCGGUCGAGAUCGCCGCCGGCUACAACUCGCCCACCAAGGUAACGUUUACGGCUUCACGUGGGCCGUCCGCCUACAUCUACGACAACGUCGCCAUCAAGGCUGUCUCGCUUUGCGAAGACGAACAGUACUACACCAUGGGUACCCUCUCGCGCUCGGCGCCCAUCGAAGGCGCGAUCGCGCUCUCGGCCCGUUUCUUGCAGCCGUGCGCCGGGCUCUCCUGGGCCGGCGAUCUUCAGCGGCAGGGCAAGUUCCUCAUCAACACCGCCUCGCUUGAAACCGCCUUUCCUAACAAGAUCCGCGGCCUGGUGUACAACCCCGAGUACUAUCUCCAGGCCUGGAGCGAGCAUCCGCGGCUGGCGAGCGUCCAGCUGGAGUGGCGCCGGCGCGGGACUGCCACCUGGGAGCGUGCGCGCGAUGCAUCGCUAGACGUCAUCGAUCUCGUCGCCGAGGAAGACAUGUUUGGCUUUGGCCUCUUUGAGUGGGACGUCGCCAACUUUCUCGAUGGCUUCUACGAGCUGCGUGCCGUGGCGCAGUGCGUGCCGACCGGGCGCGACGAUCUCGACGCUACGUACGCCACCGUGCUCUCGGGCGUCAUCGAUCGCGCACCGCCAGCCCAACUGGGCAAGGCAGAGCCUGCUGAUGGCGUCUACUUUCCGGGCGAUGCCAUCAGCAUUGCCUUUACCGAGGACAUCGACUGCGAGGCGCCGACGAGGUUCCUGUACUCGGUCAUGGUCGAUCGGGUCCCGCGGCCGGCCUCCACCCUCAAGGUGCGGUGCGAGGGCAACACCAUCAGCUUUGGCAUCGACAACACCCUCCCGCUCAGCUCGCUCGCUGGCGCCGAGGUCAUCAUCGCCCUCUCCAACGUCUACGAUCUCGCCGACAACGUGGCGCCCGAGGUCUUUGAGUGGGUCUUCAGUGUCUACCCGGUCCAGGUCAAAGACACCUCGGUCCGGCUUGACGGCCUCGUCUUUGGCUCGCCGUACGGCUCGCUCUCGCCCAGCCCCCAGGCCUGGGCCGGCACGCUUAUUGCCGAUCUCGAGAUCGCCAUGGAGCUCACGCUCGGUCCGUCCGCUUCUGGCCCGCAGCCGGCCUCGUCCGCAGACAUCCGCGUCUCGGCCGGCAUUGCCGACCGCAUGCGCGUCUCGUUCAUCGGGCCCAACCCGGCCAAUGCGGGAAGUACCAUCGUCUCGCUCUUUGUCACGGCCGGCAACAACCCGCCGGCCGACGACCUCGCCUCGGCGGUCCGUGCCAUCGUGAGCUCGGGCGUCGAGGCGGUGACUGCACGGGCUGCGCGGGGUCUGCACGCCAGCCGCCGCGCGCAUGACCUCUUCGCCAUGACACUGCAAGAUCGCAAGGCCAGCGAGAGUAUUGCGAUUCGCGCGAUUGCUCUGCCUACGCUCGCCACGCUUGUCGCCUCCAACUCGACGGUCGACGCUGUGUUUGUGCCAUCCCAGUCGGACGAGGUGACCAACGCUGUGGCCAAGUCCAAGCAUCUUGCCCAGGUCGCUGCUGGCGACAACAUCAACAGCGACGGUGAGAUGCGCAAGACGACCAACGAAGCCGUCAUCGGCUCGUCGCCGUCGUCGCCGAGUGCAUCGGAUGAACACUUUUCGCUCCUCCAGUUUGCUCUCGUCAACGGCUCGAUGCUGGUGGUCUCGGUCGCCGUCGUCAUCGUCUCAACCUGGUGGUUUACCCACACCUCGGCUCGCCGCGUCGAGAAUGGUGUCUACCGAAUGGGUGUGAACAAGACCUUGCGGAACAAGUCCAUCAAAGCCCGCGGAUCUGGCUCGGAUUCUGGCGUGCCCAUGCAGCGGCGGUGGCUCGAUCGCUCUCACUCGUCGUACGACUACGACGGGACCACCACCACCAGCGAUUACGCGUAA